AGUAGGGCGAACCUGAGAAAGCUGGUGAACGAGCAAACGGGCUUCCCAGCAGCCUGUCAGAGUUAGCAGCCAAUCAGAGGGUGGGUGGGCGUGGCCACCAGCAGCUUGUAACGCGACAGAGCCCAUAAACGGCUCCUCCUAGAAGGUUCUGAAAAGAAGUUGCUGAAAUGCAGGAUGUGAGAGGGAUUAAGAAGCUCGCGGACCAGCGUGAGAAGAUCUUCCUCCUAACCAGAACGACACCUUUCCAGUUUCACUUUCUUCCCUGAAGUCUCCUUCACCAGCUCUCAUCUGUUGGGAGAUGAUGUGGCAUGUUUCAGGCAUGUGUUAUGUGGGAGGGGCUGUCCACGGGCACCACUCGGGAGGUGGUCCCAGGUUCUGGACAGCACCCAGCAUCUCAUCACCACAGGAACCACAGAAUGAACAGAACCCUCAACGACACCAUCACACCACACAGAAAAUGGAGACAUCAGCCCAGAGCAGACGUGCGUUUGUCAGAUCCUGUCCAUGUCCUGCAGGAGAAGCUAAUCGGUGAAACGAGGACAAACCUCGCCACCUUCAAGGACACCUUCAAAGUGUCCGUCUGCUACAGAAAAAACCUUCCAUGGAGUCAGGCAAUAGGAAAAGAAAAGGACCGCUACAGAGGAUGGAUGAGAGUGGAGAUCUGGAAACGAGGAGAGGAGACCAUCGGACUAGACCCGGCCCGUGUGGGAGUGGCUGUUGACACGGACCUGUCACAUCCACAUCCACCUGAAACUACCAUCAUCUCCCCAGCAGAGGACAGCUCGUUAGGCAGCCCGGUUUGUUCUGUGCUUUUAACUCGUUUGUGUUUCUACUUCAGGUCAGGUGAAUGGUGGAAGGCCAUGUCCAUCAGCACCAACAAAGAAGGCUUCAUCCCCAGUAAUUACGUAGCUAAAGACACUAUGGAGGCCGAGGACUGGUUCUUCAAAGGCGUGAGCAGGAAAGACGCCGAGAGGCAGCUGCUGGCCCCCGGGAACCGAGUGGGAUCCUUCAUGAUCCGAGACAGCGAGACCACCAUGGGGAGCUACUCCCUGUCCGUCAGAGACCUGGACCCUCAGUCUGGAGACACAGUUAAACAUUAUAAAAUCCGAACGCUGGACAACGGAGGCUUCUACAUCUCUCCUCGCAUCACCUUCAACACCCUGCAGGAGCUGGUCAGCCAUUACAAGAAACAAGGAGAUGGCCUGUGCCAGUCCCUGACUUCUCCGUGUUUGAGCCCCAAGCCAGAGAAGCCAUGGGAAAAGGACGCCUGGGAAAUCCCAAGAUCUUCCCUCAAACUGGAGAAGAGGCUCGGCGCCGGCCAGUUUGGAGAAGUGUGGAUGGCUACGUACAACAAGCACACCAAGGUGGCGGUGAAGACCAUGAAGCCAGGCAGCAUGUCGGUGGAAGCUUUCAUGAUGGAGGCCAACCUGAUGAAGAGUCUGCAGCACGACAAGCUGGUCCGCCUCAACGCCGUGGUCACCAAGGAGGAGCCCAUCUACAUCAUCACUGAGUACAUGGAAAAAGGUAGUUUACUCGACUUCUUAAAGAGCGAUGAAGGGAACCGCGUCCAACUACCAAAGCUCAUCGACUUCUCCGCUCAGAUUGCUGAGGGGAUGGCCUACAUAGAGCAGAAGAAUUACAUCCACAGAGACCUGAGAGCUGCCAACAUCCUGGUCAACAAGGCCUUAGUCUGCAAAAUAGCCGACUUUGGGCUCGCUCGCAUCAUCGAGGACAACGAGUACACGGCCAGGGAAGGAGCCAAGUUCCCCAUCAAAUGGACCGCUCCCGAGGCCAUCAACUACGGCUCCUUCACAAUAAAGUCUGAUGUCUGGUCCUUUGGGAUUCUGCUGACUGAGAUCAUCAGCUACGGCCGCACACCGUAUCCAGGGAUGACCAACCCAGAGGUGAUCCGGUCUCUGGAGAAGGGCUACCGAAUGCAGCGCCUGGACAGCUGUCCCACAGAACUCUAUGAAAUCAUGAUGGAGUGCUGGAAGAACAAGCCCGAGGACCGGCCCACCUUCGAUUACCUGCAGAGCGUCCUGGAGGACUUCUACACGGCCACAGAGAGCCAGUACCAGCAGCAGCCAUGACAGCUGUUUAGGGUUGGGUCACAAACACGGGAGGGGGGGCAGUCCACUCUUACUUUAGGUUUCCUUUCAGAAUAAAUGCUUUCAGUUUAAAAGGGACAAAGAAUGCAGAUUAUCAGCAUCUAAAACUGUCCCAUGAGCCCUGAUGCAGGCUGAGCCGUCCCCACUCACUGAGCCGGGACAUGAAUAUGCUAAUGAGCUGCUGGCUGAUUGGUUGGUUUAACCAGAAGGCCUCAGACACUGGGGACUGCAGAUUGGAGGAGGAAGGACUCCACAUAAACGCUCUAACUUACAUUAAAAGUAGGUCACACAUGGCUUUGACUUUUUGGCGUGCUACUCUUGAUCACCCAAGCUGUCUUUGUUCACAAACAACAAGAAAAUGUUGGUUUACAUCCUUUGUCCCCUUUAAAUUAAAAGUGUAUUUCCACUUGCGGCCACUAGGAGGAGCUCUAAUUAGCUUUACAUAAAAACCUCUUGUUACGUUUCCAAACAUCCUGUCAAACCCGUUUUUCUUUUACAGCCACUUUGCUGUGGCUGUCUACUUCUUACGUUUUUAGCUGAAGCUUUGUGCGCCCUGAAAAGGCCUUUGAAGAGCAGAAAUGAUGCUCUCGUCAGCUCUGGAGCUUCCUUCAGGUCUCCGAGGCCUCCUGGACUCUCAGACAGCUCCAAACAACAACGUGCACCAAAAAGCUGAGAUUCCAGAGCAGACCUGAGAUCGCCGGGCAACAGAAGAAAAACUGUUUUUGGUUUGCUCCAUUUAUUGUACAUUUUCUCUAAAAGGACACGGUUUGCGUCAAAGUUCAGAUUAAUGAAAUAAAGAACAUAGUUUACGGUAGAGCGCAGUGUGGCCGCCUAGUGGCCGGCAUCAGUCACUGCAGCUCGUGUAGAGACGGUGAGACGGAAGGACCCGAACCCCGAGAAUCUGGUUUUAAAUGCUAACUUUGUUUUAUUCUUUAUAAUUUAUUACUCAGUAAGAAAAAGAGCAGCUUUUAUAAGUUGGUGAAUUAGUUUUCUAUAAAAGGUGUUUUGGUUGUUUGUGACCAAACACCAUAAAGCGCUUCAGAAUAACAGACUUUGUUUAUUUCAGUUUUUCUCACAGCUUGUAGAAGAUUUUGUAAAAUCCAAUCAUUUCUGCUUUGGCAGCAAAUCUGCAGAGUUUAGUGGAUUUGGAGGGAAAUCACACUCUUUGUCAUAAAGUCACACAAAAAUCCAUCACUGCUUUAAAAAUACAGUCCAGGCCAAAAGGUCUGGACACACCUUCUCAUCCAGUGUGUUGUCUUUAUCUCCAUGAGCAUGAACACGGGGAGAUUCUCACGGAAGGCAUCAGAACUAUGAAUGAACACAUGAGGAGUUAUGAACUUAACCCAAACAGGUGAAAUAGUGGAAACCCCCAAUCCAAUACCGUAAAGCUGAGCGAGAGGCAGCGAGGCGCUGGGUCCCGAUGGUAAAGACUUUGGUACGACCAGAGCUCCCAGUCCCAGGGCUGGGCUGAUGAGACAUCUUAUACUCACAGUUUCAUCUCUGCUGUGAGACGAGAGGAGUUCAUUCUGACCCCAUCAGCCUAAACUGUUCCGAUCUCUUGUUUUUGGUUGUUCGGUCAAACCCAAAUGAGAAGAAACCACAGAUCCAGCGUGGUGCGUGCACACUCCGCCACUUAGUGAAGCAUCUUUAUUUCUUAACUUAUUGCAUUCCUGCAGGUUUGACCCUGACCUGCAACAGAAACGGCGUUUUUAAGGGAGGAGGGACUGCUAGGGUCUCCUGUCACUUAGUUGAAAGCCACAAUUUGUUGCACAUGAUCUUUAUAGAGAAGCAGAAUGUUUGAUGACGUAAUGAACACGUUAUCCGUUCAGAAGUGUGGAACAACAAAUCUAAAGAAUGACGUGAGAAUUGACUGGAUUGUGUCUCAGAACUGUACAUAGGCUUUACACACAGGACUUGUCUGGUUUGUGUGAAACGCUUCAUUAAAAGCAACAAAAGGGUUUGAUUAAAUGUUUUACAAGUUCCCUAAA